CAUCUAUGGCUUCAGAAAGGAUUCUGGUCACUGGCGCAACAGGUUUUUUGGGCAGCCAUGUUGUUGUCAAAGCCCUUGAGAGUGGGUACUCAGUUCGGGGGACCGUGAGAUCGCCGUCCAAGGCCCAAGAAGUCCUCACUUGCUGGUCAUCCUAUGGUAAUAGAUUCGAUACGGCAGUGGUGCCAGAUUUGAUGAAUGGAGAUUACUCCGAGGCUUUGAAAGGUAUAAGUGCCGUUAUUCACGUGGCAUCGCCUUUCAUCCGGAGUGUAGACGAUCCUAAAAAGGACCUUCUUGAUCCCGCGAGGCAGGGGACGCUCAAGGUUCUGGAAGCAUGUCUCAAGCAUGGUGUCCGACGCGUUAUUGUAACAGGAAGCAUCGCUGCAGUCAUUGACCCAACCAAGGGUGGUCUUUGGCGUGAAUAUACCUGUACUGCAGAGGACUGGAACCCUCUAACCUACGAGCUGGCUGUUUCUGGCGCGCUUCCUGGAGUGGGUGUUUACGCUGUUUCCAAGAAGAUCGCCGAAGAGGCCGCCUUUGAAUUCGACCGCGAGCAUCCCGAGAUGCGCAUUACCGUAAUGAGUCCUACCAUGAUAUAUGGUCCCCUUGUCCUACCUGCUGACCUGUCGGCCUUGAAUACCUCAUCCCAGGAUAUAUACAAUCUCAUCAGCGGCAAACUGGAGGAGACAGGGUUACCUGCAUACACUGACGUGAGAGAUGUUGCCGCGCUCCACGUCAAAGCUCUGAAGGUCGAUUCGGUCAUCGGGAAAAGGGUACUUGUCAAUGGUGGCAUGUACACAUUUUAUGAGGCGGUGAAUAUCCUAAGGGAGAAACGGCCGAAUUUUGCUCACCGCUUACCAUCGUUAGAUGUUGUUGAAAAAGUUAGGGACCCGACGGCCAAAAUCGACGUUUCUAUCGCAGAGACUGAGCUUGGAAUCAAGUGGAUCUCAUUCGAACAGUGUCUUCUUGAUACUAUCGACGGGUUCGUCAAGAUGGAAACGGCCCAAAAGAUCUAGUAAAAUCAUGUACAGUAUUUCAAGUCGUGUCUACCACGUUUUUUGGCGUCAGGGCUGCGACUGCUCAUCUACAUAUUAACAACGGUAGAAGUCUUUUGACAUGAUACUUUACAUAUUUUGCCUUUCCAACACGAUCAUCUCUGUUAGGUAGAUAUAUAUAUAUAUUGCUGC